GUCGCAAAGCCUAUUCACUCCUGCCGAAGAACGACGUGCCGUGUUCCAGUUUUGUUGGUCGAAGCUAACAGCAAAAUGUUGCUGUCAUUUGCUUGUUUUUUGACGUUAUUAUCAAGUUUUGUCGGACAACACGUCACGUUUGCAUUGCAGGACGUUACUAGCGAUUUAUUUGGCCAGGAAAACAAUGGUACAGUAGCGGCUUUCGGUGACUUUAACUCUGAUAAACAGACUGACAUUUUCAUCAUCAGGAAGCAAUCUGAGCUGUUGAUUUUCUUGGCUGAUCUUAAAGCACCUUAUUUCAAACCUAAAGUCCAUCUGACUAAAGAGGUUUUCCCUAGUGACUUCAUCAUAAGCAGUGUGGUGCCGGGUGAUUACGAUGGAGAUUCUCAGAUGGAUGUGCUUCUCACUGGCCACUUAAAUGGCUCCCCUUUACAAACAAGCGUCUUCGUCUUCUGGGGACGUAACCAGACUUUAGACCAAAAUAAAAAGGAGAAGCUGGACAAGAUCUUUACUGAUCAGCCUCUUGUAAUGGACUUUGAUGGGGACAUGAUCCCAGAUAUUUUUGGAACUGUGGAUGGCUCGUUGGAGGUUUGCUAUCUAAAGGCGAGACAACAAAGAUGUGAGAAGGCUCUCAACUCCACAGUUGCAAUGCGCAUCCCUCAUUCCCAUGCUUUCAUCGACCUUAACAAGGACUUCACUGCUGAUUUGUUCCUCACCACCACAUCAAAUGAAUUCGAGACCUGGAUUAAUAAGGAUGGGAACUUCACCAAAGCCCCGUCUGGACCUUCUCUGGAGAAUGUGAAGAGAGUGGGUCAAUCUGCAUUCGUAGACUUCGACGGUGAUGGCUUCCAGGACCACCUGUUGCCGGUGUGUAUGGACGAUGCGUGUGCUAAAAGUGCAAUAUACCUGGCCAGGCCUGGGGGGACAAAGUGGGUGCCUGUGUUGAUGGACUUCAAGAGGAAGGAUUCUGUGUGGGGUUUUGUGCCCGCUCCAGAAAAGCCCACUUCGGAAGAACUGCGAAUUCCCAUCACCCUGCACCUCGGAGACUACAACUUGGAUGGCUUUCCUGAUGCCCUUGUGAUCCUCCGUAACACCAGCGCCAGUUCACAGCAGCAGGCGUUCCUGCUGGAGAACGUGGCUUGUAACGACGCGAGCUGUCAGGAGGCUGAACGCAUGUUUCGUGUGCAUUGGGAGCAGUCGGACCUCAGUGCAAUCCCCAGGGCUGUUGUGGCCACUUUUUUUGACAUCUAUGAGGACGGUAUAUUAGAUAUGAUCGUGCUCAGCAAGGUGGAAGGGAAAGAAGAACUCGUCAUCCACGCUUUGAAGAACAACUUUGAGGCCGACGCGUAUUUCGUGAAAGUCAUCGUGCUCAGUGGCCUGUGCUCCAAUGACUGUCCAGAAAAAGUCAAGCCCUUUGGUGUGAACCAGCCUGGCCCGUAUGUCAUGUACACAUCGGUGGACUCGAACGGUUAUCUAAAGAACGCUUCUGCGGGGCAGCUCAGCCAGUCUGCUCAUCUGGCUCUCCAGCUGCCCUACACCGUGCUCGGUCUGGGGCGCAGCGCCAACUUCCUGGAUCACCUGUUUGUGGGCAUCCCCCGGCCCCCUGGAGGGAAGGAUGUGAGGAAGCAGGAGUGGACUGCUAUUAUUCCUAACUCCCAGCUCAUCGUUAUACCAUAUCCACAAAAUGAACCUCGCAGCUGGAGUGCAAAGCUCUACUUAACCCCGAGUAAUAUAGUCUUAUUGACAGCGAUAGCACUGAUUGGCGUGUGCAUCUUUAUUCUCGUCAUCAUCGGGAUACUGCACUGGCAGGAGAAGAAAGCUGAUGACCGGGAGAAAAGACAAGAGGCCCAUCGCUUCCAUUUCGACGCCAUGUGAGGGAAUUGAGGGUGAACGUUGAGAAGAUGGGGUCCGCUUUUCAUUUGUUGUUUAUUUAAUUAUUUAUUUUGGUUCUUUUUUUUCUGCACUGGAGCAUUUUUCGUGCAUUUAAUGAUCAGAGGAAUCAAUCUAUUUAAAUGCAAGUUGUUUGAAGAGUAACGUGCCUGUAUUGACAUCUGAAGAGAAGGUGGCAUGUUUCCGUCGAGUUUGUUUACAUCAGGGGUGUCCAAACUCAGUCCUGGAGGGCCGGUGUCCUGCAUAUUUUAGUUCCAAUUACAAUUAAACACACCUGAAGCAGCUAAUCAAGCUCCUUCUAGGUCCUCAGAGUAAAAAUUACUCAGUUAAGAUGGUAUCUGGUUCCUCUUUAAAUUGAGUAAAAGUUACUCAGCAGCAGAGUUAAAGGUAAUGAGUCGAUGAAGGAAUUAAUUAGGUGAUAAUCGAGCACUGAUGACGAACACCUGCUGUUAAUAUGCAGAAAUACAGAGGAGAAACACAAAACUUCAGCUGACUUCAAACAGCAGCUUCACUUAUUACUAACCUGUUUUACUUUAUUUCUUUCAGAUGUCCACAAAAGUCCAUUUGAGAUUUGUUGACAAUUAUCUGUUUUAGUUAUUUACAUUUUCCACAAAAAAAAACAAUAUUCAUUUUUUUUUCGAUGUCACCAUCGUGGAGAAAAAUGGUUGAUUUACUUUUGUAAUUUUUUGGGCUGUUUGAUUCUAAUAUUCGUUUUUCUUUGAUUGCUAUGACAAGUACAAAGACAGUAAAUAUGAUUAGAUGAACUGAUCCUGUAUUACUUUUGUUAAGUUAACUUUGCAUCAUGUCUAACUUUGCAAAUUAUGUUUAAGUUACGGUUUAUCAUAUGAGAGAAAUGUCAGUGUUUUUUAAGAGAAUGGACCUCAGCUGUGGUUUUAUAAAGUUUUUAAACACACUGAGCAUCUGAAUCACUUUAGAGACACAGACAUCAAUAAUCAGCAUGUGCAUCUCAACAAUGGUUUAAUAUGUAUAUUUUUUUUUUAUUAAGAGAAUCGUACAAAAUUUAUAGUAUAGUUCCCAGCAUGCACUGCAGAAAAAUACACCCUCACCAUAGUUGAGAAGCAUACUUUUCUCCUCAAUGGUGACAUCUCAAAACACAAAAAGUGUUGUUUCUUUAUUGCUGUAGUAAAAAAAUUAUAAUGUUAAUUCUUAAUAAUAUCACUAUUUGGAAUUUUGUAGAGUCCGGCAGAAAUAAGGGCAAACAGGUUGGUAAUCUGUAAAGCUGCUGUUUGUGGAAUUGCUUAAUGAUCCUCUGCUGAGAUUUUGAGAGAUUUGAUGGGUUUUAUUUCAGUUGAUUUCAUCUACGGCUGUGACUGAAGUCAGUUGUAGUUUUGUUUCUGCAUAUUAACAGCAUGUAUUCAUUAUCAGUGCUUAAUUAUCACUCAAUUAAUUCCUUCGUUGACUCAUUAACUUUAACUCUGCUGCUGAGCAACUUUUAAUGAGUUUAAAGAGUGACCAAAUACUUUCUGAGUCAAUUAUCUUCAGAGGAUUUUGCUGUGUAGAAAUUUCCAGGCAGGUGUGUUAAAGGAAGUUUAAGCUAAACUGUGCAGGACACCGUCCCUCCAGGACCUAGUUUGGACACCUUUGGUUUACAUGAUCCGUAUGCUGAUGAUACACUGGGCAACAUUUUGAGGAAUGUUGCUGUGCAACUUUGGGAAAUGUUGCCAUCAAUUGGCAACCAGAUGGUCAAUUAAUUAAGCCAAUGAGAAACCGAUACAAUAUGGGAACCUAUUCUCAACAGGAAAGCAGCCAAGCAACCAUUCUCAUCAACAUUGCUCAAAAUGUUGCCAUGUGAGUUUAUCAUCAGAAUUAAAGCAUUAUAGUGUUUGCACAUUGGCGAGAAAUGAAAGUGUUGCCAUUUAUUUCCACUUUGGUUUGGCAUAAACAUGUUAUUUUAAAACUCUUUCCGUGCUGUUAAAGUAACAGAGAAAUGUCAAGCAGGCAGGAACAGAACCAGUAAUUUUCUCUCUUUGUCUUGUUUGUUUUAAGUUUCGUGUUGUGUGUUGUGUGUUUUGAAGGACUUAAUUAGUUGUCGGCCUUUCUGUGUAUGGAUGUGACUGCGUGAUAGUUCUUUCACUUCACUCAACCCAUUAACUAAACAAAUGCUUUGAAUCUAAGCGCUAAAUGAGGCUCUCUUUUAACAAAGGUGUCCUUUGUAAACUGACUGUAUCAAACAUUUAGCUGUAUGGAACCAAAAACGGUUAUUAAUCACUCUUCUGUGGUAAAGAAUUACUUUAACAAUCAACACUCUGUGCCAACCACUUCCAAAUGGUUCCCUGGAAAGUUCAGCGCUUCUAUAGGAUGUCAAGUCUCCACAACCUAAUUGCUCAUUGUGCUCUGUUUCUGCAUGCACUGCCCUCUAAAAAUGUCCCCUGUGUCUGUCUUCCUUCUGAUUGUAAAGGCACUGUUAUCAAUACUUAAACUGGGUGGUUUUUCCAUAGUCACUGAUGCCUUUAGGUAUUUUUCCUUUAUUUCAAAGUGGUGAUAUUUAUUUCUUUUACCUGUUUUUUUUUUUUUUAAACACUGGAAAUUAAUUAUGAGCUGCUGAAGAAUGUUCAAUGUGAAGGCUUUUGUUCUUAGCUGUAAAUAUCUGACAGCUGCUCUGAUCCAUGCAAUUAUUUAUAUGCUAAUUUCCUUUACCUUUAUAUGGUGUUGUUAUGGUGCAAUAUAUGCACAUUAAUUAAGUGGUUUCGAGUCAGAAUCAAUUGUAAAACCACCAAUAAUGCAACUGCGCACUAGACUAGCAUGUAAAUUGGCAUGCAAUUCUUGCAGAUGGUUUUCACAUGUUGUUUCUGAACAGGUACAUAUUGGUCCUAACAGGUUGUACAUCUGUGCUUUCUUUUAAUUAUUAAUGAACCACUCUCAACAUGUUCUUGGUUGCCGUUUGUCACUAGAUGUCUUUUUGAAUGUUGUAUUGAAAAUAAACAUGACCAAAUGCUUUAUUA